AUGACCGCCUUUAAACCCGCCCUCAUCGUCGUCGACCUCCAAGAGGACUUUUGUCCUCCCAACGGCUCUCUCGCCGUGCCCGACGGCCGCGCCAUCACCCCCCUCAUCAACACCCUCCUCGCCCUUCCCUUUGCCGUCAGAGUCGCCACGCGCGACUGGCACCCCGCGCAGCACAUCUCCUUUGCCGCCUCGCACCCCGGCUCCCCUGCCCCCUUCACCUCCUCGCACACCAUCGUCCACCCAACCACCCAGCAGCGCUACAGCACGUCCCUCUGGCCGGUGCACUGCGUCGCGUCCACCCCCGGCGCGCAGCUGGUUCCCGAGCUGGACCUGUCGCUGAUCGACCACGUUGUGGACAAGGGCCAGCGCGCGGACCGGGAGAUGUACUCUGCGUUCUACGACCCCUUUGGGGAGUCGGACAGCGGGCUGGCAGGCUUGCUGAGGGAGCGUGGUGUGUCGCAUGUGUACGUCGCCGGCCUGGCGCUGGACUACUGCGUCAGGGCGACGGCGGAACAUGCGGCGCGGGAGGGCUUCAGGACCGUGGUGCUGGCGGACGCCACGAGGGCCGUGUUUCCGAACAAGUGGGAUGAGGUCGUGGCCGAGCUCAAGAGCAACGGCGUAGAUGUGGUCCUCUCCACGUCACCCGAGGUGGAAAAGGUAAAGGCUCUGUCGCAAGUGUCGCGGUAG